AUGUAUGCUCAUUGUGUACCGCAUAGGAACUCUGAACUUUGUAAGGUAUUUUCUUUGCAAUCAAACUUAGCUGAAGUAUUUUCCUCGCAAAAAUCUCCAAUAAGCUGUUUGGAUGGAAUUCGAACUAUUUCGACAAUUCUAAUUGUUAUGCUACAUGUUUGGCGUUUCAUCAUUUUGCGCUCUUCACAUUUAAAUGAAUAUACUGCUUUAGAGUUUUGGUAUUCUCCUCUAUCAAAUUUGCUGGAACAUGGACGAAAUGCUGUGGAUACAUUUUUUUUCUUAAGUAGUUUCUUAGUUAUGUAUAAUUUCCAAAAUAAAACCUUAAAAGGACAGCAUUUUAGUUUAUGGAAAUUUUAUUUAAAUCGUUAUUUCAGGUUAUUUCCUGUGCUACUUAUAGUUUUUCUAUUUUAUAUAACUUUGGGAAAGUUUUGUGGUAAGGGACCAAUGCAUGAUAAUCUUGAUGUAGAACACUGGCGUAAGAAUGCAUGGACCCAGAUAGUUGGGAUUGCUAAUUUUUAUUGCCUAUCACCUAGAGUUUCAGGACUUGUACAUUUAUGGUAUGUUCACUGCGAUACUCAAUUAUACCUGUUAACGCCAAUCGCAUUUCUAGUCUAUUUGAAAUUUUCAAAGAAAAUUAGUCUAGUCUUCAUUUGUAUUGUACUACUGGUGUCUAUUGCUUCUGUUUUCACGGGCGGGUUUAUGAUCACUGGUAAUUACGGAAUUUAUGCAGUUAAGUAUUGGAUUCAGUUCUAUUCGGUACCUUAUUUUCGUGGAAAUUCAUGGAUUAUGGGUUUGUUAUGUGCAUAUUUUUUCAUUCCCAUGAAAACUUCGCCAUUGAAGUUAAAUAAAAAUAAUGAGCAUAAUAGUGACCAUAAAGCAUAA